AUGCCGCAACGACAUCAUCGGCACCGCACAUUGCGCCUGCGCAGGCAUCGCCAUCCCAGCGUAUCCACAUGCCAGCCGGACCGUCCGCGAUCACUUUCCGCAUCCGAUUCGGACUCAUCUUCCAAGAAACAAACCGACAUUGAGCUCGUUGCGCUUCCCGAAGUGGUGCUCGAGGAGCGCCGGCGUCGAGCUCAAGACGCGAAUAAGCUGGCCAAGGCACGGGCGAUGCUCGAUUCAGAAGUGCAGUAUGCCUCCACCGACAGCACGAUGCUGCGACCUACCACAACCGCUCUGACUGUCUCCUCGGAUUUGGGCAGUGUCACUUCUGAAAGGGAAAAGGAAUCUUAUCUCGAACGGCUUGCGGCACAAGCGGAAGCAGAAGCAAACAGCAGUACCAAGCGCAACAGGGGCGCAGACGGUGACGACGAUGACGAUUCCAUCCAUGAUCGCAGUCGAUACGGUGCAUAUGGUAUUGUGAGGAGGGUGGUGGAGAAGCACCAUCGCAAAGUGCAGAAGCGGGAGAAGCAGAGACGGAUGGACCGUCUGCGCCGUAUCGCCGCGCUCGACCCACUGAAGGAGGGCGAGCGGCAGCACGGUCAAGCUAAAGAAACGACGUUUAUGGCGCUUAUCCGAAAGUACGGCAGCAUGGCACAAGAGGAAGCGCGUAGCCCCACAAAUGAGCGCCUUGGCGCCUCAACAUCAGCCGAACAAGAGCCAGCGAUGACGGACGCCUCUCCGACGUCGGAAUCGUCUUCGUUCGACGAUGAACACAGCGCAUAUCUAGUGGAUACCUUGGAGGUGGUUGACCCUGGUGUCUCUGCGGCUGGUCAUCUGUCGAACAUUGGAAAUUCGCUCAUGUUCCCCAACAUCCCUGGACUUUACGAUCGAAGACCGGCGAUUGAUCUACCGGCAGAGCGGGUGGACGCUGAUACCGCGGAGAUGCAAGCAACAUUGCAGCUGGAAGAAGGUCGCCACCCAGCGGCGCGCGCUGCCAUGACCAGCCAAGCUGAGGACGACCUGCACCUGGAUGCCUACGUACACGAGCUUCUCACCAAAAAGCAAAAGUUUAAACGAGCGAUGCAAGGUGUAUGGGCGUUUCUCAAGACGCCGUUGGGAGUGAUUGCGGGUAUCUAUGGGUUCUUGGUGGUGUUUGGCGGUGCAGCGCUAGUCUUGUUCUUGGUAGGAGCGAUUGACAAGGGAAAGAACAAGGACUUCUGGGUCGAGGUGUUCAGUCAGUUUGAAAAUGGACUGUUUACGAUUACGGGUGUUGGAUUGAUUCCGUGGCGAUUGAGGGACACGUGGAGGAUGGCUUGGAUUGCCUACUACCAGCACCUCACUUGGAGGCUGAGGAAGAAGCAAGGCCUACCUAGACUCGUGGACAAGAACGACGUUCCAUCGGUUGUCGCAGCCAAGCAGCAUGGUAAGAAGAAGAAAGCAUCCUGGGCAGACGAGGAUUCGAGCGACGAACAAGAGGGUGUACAGAACAUGGAGCUGUCGCCGGAUGUGGUGCUCUCUCCGCACCAAGCUGCUCAUCUGCACGCAUUGCAAAUCGCGUUUGCCGAAUCGCAAUCGUGGUACCGACCACACGAGACGUUCACGCACCAUGCAUUCUCGAUCUCGCUCGCACUGUGGAUCACGAUCUGCAACGAUCUCAACUCGCUGUUUCAAUGCCUGUUGUGCGGAUACAUGUGGGGAUACGCUACGCACUACCGUUCGCGACCCGCUUGGUCGACGGGCAUUUUCAUGCCGUGUUCGUUCUUGGCGGGCAUUGCAGCGGGUGUAUUGAUCUGGAAAGGCGGAGAGAAGAGUAAGAAAAAGAGAGAGGUGGAGGAGAAGCUGCUCGCUGCGUUUGCCAAGGACGUUGAUGCUCGCGUCGAGGCGAUGCGUCGAGAGCGGGCGGUGAGCGAGGACAAAGUGGGCGUGGCAGGUACAGGCAGUGCUUGGCCAGCGCAGACGCGGUUGACAACGGUCGAUGAGGUGGGGCCAAACGCUGAACAGCGGAUCGAUCUGGAUGCGUUGGCGAGCAAGAUCGCUGACCAGCACUGA